CCUCUUGAGCCUCGAAGGAGAAGACCAGGCACCCUGUCCAGGCCCCACUAUGUGCAGAUUGGAGCCGUUUCUGAAGAGGUCCCUGGUGGUCCUCCUUUUCCUGGGCCUGACAGAGGCCUGCAUUCCUCGUGAAGUCGCAAUGGAAGAAAAAAGUAAGAACUGUAGAUACCCCAUAUCUCCUGUGCAGCCCAAGAUGGUCUUGAACCCCCCAGGCUACCUGCCUCGGCUCCUGAGUGAUGAGAUCACAGGUCUGCUGAGCCUCCAAGUGCUGAACGAAGAAACAAAUGACUGCCAAGAAGAAGUGAAGUCCCCCCCAGCCACCACCACAGCCAAGGUACUCGUGAGGCAUGGCAGAUGGAGCUUUUUGAGAUGUGCCUACAUGGUGAUGACCUUCUUCUUCGUGUCCUACAAUAAAGGAGACUGGUGUUACUGCCACUACUGUAACCCGGACAUGGAUGUGAGAGACGACCCCUGCUGUUCUUUCUAGUGAACCUGCCCCAUCUCACCCAACCUUCACAAGCCCUCCAGCUCCAGCACCUCUGCGUUUCACCUCCCAAGGAAGCUCUUCGCACUCGGGCCUGUCAACUCAGAGGGUGAUGGGUGUAUCCAGAGGGAGCCUCUCAGAGGACCGGGCCAUGAGACGAGGGCCCAGAGAGCAGCAGAAUGAGCCUCUGCAGGGUUUCGCCCACAGCUUCUCUUCUGGACCAUUUCCAGCCUCUCUUUACUGUUCCUCUAACGAAAUGUACGCUUGUGUAAGGGCCAAGGGUUCCUUUCUUCUGUUCCCCAAACACAGCAAAUGAACGCAGGGUGGAGGCAUGCUAAGAAUCAUCUAUAAUUUUUAAAUAAAAAAUCUAUUAUCUCCUGA